GCUCAGUCACGAGUCAGUGGGUGGAUAUUUCUCCCAGAUAAAUUAAUACUAGACAGUAAUUGGAUAGUACGAUGAAGUCGUCCAAACGGCCUUGGUACUCCAGAAAGUCACCUGGUGCCUCAUCAUAUGGUGGAAAGACCACGACCAGCUCUUCAAAGCAGACCCCGGAGAAAGGCGGACAGCAACAGGCCACGCUCUCCAAAUUCUUCAACGUGAAGCCUCCGUCAACACCGGUGGCGGCAACAGCAGCAGCAAAAACAUCAGCUGUUCAAGUAUAUGUAGUGUAUGAUGGUGGUGGUAGUCAUGACAACAGCAGCAAUGGCAGUCAUCCUGUUGCAGCAUCUGCAGAGCUUGCACCUGCCACGCUGACUCGCCUGCAGCGUUUCCAGCAGUGCAUGCCAUUGCAAAGCGGCGCAUCGUCCACCACAUCGGCAUCCUCCUCCAGCUCCAGUUCCAGCCGUGCUUGCCAGCAGGCCGCAUGUGCUAAAGGCUCAAGCCUACGGCUGUCUGGUUCACUGGAGGCUGGCGCGAGUGACGGCAGAGCUGAUGAUGUAGUGGAGAGCCCUACCCGUGCUGCUGCUGCUGCUGCUGCUGCUGCUGCUGCUGCUGCUACGACUGUUACCGGUACCUGUACUGGUGGCGAUGAAGAUGGUGAUGAUGAUGAUGACCUGGUGUUGGUGAGCUCGACCACGCCGCGAAGUCGAUCGCAGCCAGUGGCUUCUCCUCCGGCCAAGCGUGUGCGGCGGCCAGCUUCAUCUGCAUCGUCGUCGUCGUCAACGUCGGAUAUCAAAGCUUCCAUUGUCGCAUUUUCGUCCCCCGCCAGUCACGUUUCCACGCCGGUGUCUUCAAGGACGCUAUUGUCUCCGUCCUCGGUAUCAUCACGGCUGACCUCUUCGCCAUCGUCCAGCAGCUGUGCUAAGGGUUCGCCGUACACACCGCUUGAGAAGCAGUACAUGGCGAUACGCGACGCGAACCCCGGCGUACUGCUCAUGGUCGAGUGCGGGUACAAGUUCCGCUUCUUUGGCGAGGAUGCCGAGGUUGCAGCUCGUGUUCUCAACAUCUUCUGCCACCCGAUGCACAACUUCAUGAACGCCAGCAUACCCGUGCAGCGGCUGCCUGUUCACGUGCGUAGGCUGGUAAUGGCAGGUUACAAGGUGGGUGUAGUGCGGCAGGUGGAGAGCGCGGCACACAAGGCACUCAGUGACAAGAAGGGCGCGCCGUUUGAGAGGAGUCUGAGCGAGCUGUACACGCGAGCAACGCUUAUCGGUGAAGAUAUCCUUCUUGUCCUGCUCUUCCCCCCUCCCACCCCGUCCCCGCGUCUCGGUCACACUCUUACCCUUUUGUGUACUGUGCCCUUCCUCAUUCUCAUUGCAUGAACAUCGUAACACAGUUUGUUUGCACUGGCGUCCAUGUACUGUUCUGCCAACAAAUACUACUCUUGUCUUGAGCCAUACAUGAGCAACUUCAAAACUUCAAUAGCGUGUUCUUGUGGAGUUAUCUUGCAGACAAAACAAAGAACAGAAAUCAAUGAGUAGCAGUGGUGAGGCUUCCUGCAGCUUCAUUUAUAGGAGGUAGUAGUUUAGAGCUGACUCUCUCUUUCCCAUUCACUUUC